GAGCGGAGCGCGGCGGCGGAAGAUGGCUGCGGUGGAGGCGGCGGACACUCAGCUGAUGCUCGGAGUCGGGCUGAUCGAAAAGGACACAAAUGGAGAAGUUCUGUGGGUGUGGUGUUACCCGUCCACGACAGAGACACUAAGGAGUCUGCUCCUGAGGAAGUGCUGCCUUACCCACGAAAACAGACUUCUCCAUCCCUUCGUCUUCGGUCAGUACCGAAGAACCUGGUUUUAUAUCACAACAGUUGAAGUUCCAGAUUCUUCAGUUUUGAAAAAGGUGACUCAUUUUUCUAUUGUUCUCACCGCCAAAGAUUUUAACCCAGAGAAAUAUGCCGCCUUCACUAGGAUAUUGUGUAGAAUGUACCUGAAGCAUGGGAGCCCGGUUAAGAUGAUGGAGAGUUACAUCGCUGUUCUCACAAAGGGGAUAUGCCAGAGCGAGGAAAACGGCUCUUUCCUCAGCAAGGAUUUUGAUGCCCGAAAAGCAUACCUGGCGGGCUCCGUCAAAGACAUUGUGGCUCAGUUUGGAAUGGAAACUGUUAUCUUACAUACAGCACUGAUGCUGAAGAAAAGAAUUGUGGUCUACCACCCCAAAAUAGAAGCCGUCCAGGAGUUUACAAGGACACUGCCCGCCCUGGUGUGGCACCGUCAGGACUGGACCAUCCUCCACUCCUACGUGCACCUCAGCGCGGACGAGCUGGACGGCCUGCAGAUGUGCACAGGUUAUGUCGCUGGAUUUGUGGACCCAGAGGUGGUGAACAGGUCGGACCUCUAUGACGUGUUCGUGAACCUGGCAGAGAGCGAGAUCACCAUCGCCCCACGUGCGAAAGAGACCAUGACCAUGGGCAAGCUGCACAAAGAAAUCGGCCAGUUCAUCAUUCAGUCUGCAGAAGACCCAGAGAAGUCCGACAGCCAGGUGAUACAGGAUAUUUCCCUAAAAACAAAAGAAAUCUUCACCAACCUGGCACCAUUUUCAGAAGCUUCCGGUGAGGGAGAAAAGCUGGUACUCAAUUUGGAGGCCCUAAAACAGAGAAGACUUCCACCAGCCACAGAGAACUUCCUUUACCAGCUGGCAGCAGCUGAGCAAAUGCUGAAGCUCUGAGGGCCUGACCACAGCUGUGGGGCUUCUAGCGAGUCAGCAAGCUCUUACGGUCGCCCGUUCCCUGUGUAAAACGCUGCAAAUAACAGCAACGGUCUGUUUUGAAUGAUUUAUUUGAAAGUAUUGAGAUUGGACCUAAAAAUGCACUGAAACGUGACAAUCCUUCCUCCCACCUGGCUCGUUUCCUGCGCUGGUCAGGACCGUCACACCUACACGUGAGGACACCACAGCCCGAUGUCAUGCAGCGAGGAAGUUCUGUGCAACCCCAGAACAUUCAGAUGCCUUCGUCAUUCCCAGCUCCAGUUUGUCUUUGUAUGGCCACAGACUACUGGCUUACUUUCAGAAAGCUGCCUGAAAUUUUGCUUUGUAUUCUUCUAGGAAGAACUUAAAUUCCUCAUGAGGGGCUCUUUAACUUUUCAACCAAAUUCCUACGUUUUCUGCAGAACUGUCUAGAACAUCACGCAAAACACCCUGCAGUUGCACUUUCUUGUAAAAGAAAUUUUUUUUCUUGGCCUUUGAACAUUGUGCCUAUAUUAUGGAGGUUUUGCAUAAUUUUGUACUCAAGUCAAUGACUUUAAUAUUUAUACCGUCAGAGAUAAGCACUUGGCAAACUUAAGCCAUCAGUACUUCAAUUAACCCUGUUGCUAGCAAUAUUCUUUUGGAAAGAUGGCAAUCCUCAUAUUGUGGAAUAAAAUAAAUAACUGGAAUGUAA